AUGACUGAGCCUUCUACGCACCCCAAACUGACGCCGCAGUUCUGCUUCACAACUGUAGCUCUCAGAGAUUUCAUCCGCGUAUCCCGGGGCGCGAUCGACGACACCAUGGUCCAGAACCUGAAUGCGCUCGUGACGCCGGCGCAAUCAGGUUUCGACCCAGCCUCGACGUCUGUGCGAACUCCGAGGGCGUCUCCGAGACAGAUCGAUCCUCGGUCAUGUCAGUCGUUUAAAGAGAAGGUCCUCUUUCCCUCGUGGCAGUCGAGGUCCGACGUUUUGACAUACUGUGCCUAUGUGGCGACGAGUCCGGACCCCGAUGACCCAGAGAUUGGGCUGCGAGCUGCCGAGACGGAGAGGAACCGGGAAAAGGUAGUCGACGAGCGGCUGGAUCCAUAUUCUGGUCGAUAUUUCCCCCGAGAGCCUCGUACGGAGAGACUGGCCUUGUUGUUAAGGCAGGAAAGAAGUGUUGAGAACAUUGUUCGAGCUCGUACCUGGGGCCUUGUUCGGGAGCGGUGCGAUGGCAGUCCAGACGAGGCCGAAGAAGCUUUGAACAAGUGGCGGGACAGCAAGGGGGGCCGCAGUCGAUGGCAAAGCAUGAAAUAA